AAGUGAACAGAUGUAUUCAAGUAUUAACUGACUCAAUGUUUUAUUAAAGUUGGAUAACAUAUUAUAAUUGACAUGUGCAAAUUCCCACGAGUAAGAUUUACAUGAAAAAUAAAAUAUGUAUAUAUUCAAAUUAUUUUAAAAACUUAACCAAGUUAACCAAUACUUAUCCCAAAAGUUUCUACAUUCUAAUUAAAAUCGAAAAGGAAAGUGAACAUUCCAGUUACAUCGGGCAUAUGUUUUAGAAAACAUAUUAUUGUUGUUCAGGAAUAAGUGACAGUGCUAUAUGCUUUUUGGAUUCAAUAAAACGAAUGGCAGGUCAGUUGAGGGAUUCAGAUAAGACACAACUCGAACAGUGGAUCGGUCAAGGACAAAAGCAGUUUACCUUGCUUUACAGUGUGACCAAGGAUGGUUGUACGCCACAGAAGUUCCACGAGAAAUGUGACCACCAGGGCGCCACAGUCAUCGUGGUGUACAAUGAGGUGGGAUCCGUUUUCGGCGGCUACACUUCGGCCAGCUGGGCUGUCAAUGUAAACGGUUAUACAAGAGACGACAAAGCCUUCUUGUUCCAGCUGAAGUUCUCAAAUAAGGAUACUUUUCGUAAAUUUCCAGUUUCAAAUGUAGCGUACAGCAUAUAUUCGAAUGUAAAUAAUGGACCCGUUUUUGGUGGUAAUACCGGUUUCGAUAUGAAUCUAUUCUCCGGUACUAUGAAUAGCACCGGCGGGUUGUUUCAGUUGAAUGGCGGAUUCGUAUUUGGAGCCAACUACACAAUGACUGGGGUAACAAACUGGAACGAUAUACAUAACGGAAACCUCAAAGUGAAGGAAAUCGAAGUAUACAGUGUAGCAGUCAAACCGGGGGUCACAAAUCAGGAAUGGCGAAAAACACCGGAAUGGAAUAAGAAGCUGGCACAAGAGCUGAUGCAAGAAGUUCAAUCAAUCAAACCAAAUCCAAGUCUACAUAUUCAAGAUUAUCGCAUCGUCCUGAUUGGACCAGUCGGUGCCGGGAAAUCGAGCUUUUGUAACACGGUUAGCUCUGUGCUAAAAGGUCGGUUCACACAGAUGGCGAUUGUUGGAAAAGGAGCUCAUAGUAUCACCACUUCGUACAAGCCAUAUUCGAUAAAAUCUAAAAGUGAAUCAACGCUCCGUAUGCGACUGUGUGACACAAGAGGCAUAGAGUCUGAUUUGGGUCUUGAUACCAUGGAGUUCACCUACUUGUUGAAUGGACAUAUCCCAGAGAACUACAAGUUCAACGCUGAGAAACCGAUUUAUCUUGACGAUCCUGUUUUUGUGCCAAAGCCUGGAUUGCAAGACAAGAUCCACUGCGUGGUAUUUGUGCUUGAUGUAUCAAUGAUACAAAAGCUUGACCCCAAAGUUGUCGACAAAAUCAAAAGUUUUCGAACGGCAGCUUCACGGUUGGAAAUACCACAGGUACUCCUCCUGACAAAAAUCGACAUCGAAGAACAAGCAGUAGCUAAAAAUUUAGAAACUGUAUUCUCGAGCUCUGCUAUUGCGAAAAAAGUGCUAGAGGUUUCUGAUAUGCUUGGGUUUCCAAAGAACCACGUUUUCCCGGUGAAGAACUACGAAAGUGAGAUGAUGCUUGAUGACGGAGUGAACAUCUUGGCACUCAUGGCGUUGAAGCAGAUCCUGUUCUAUGCUGAAGACUUCGUUGAAAAUCAAAGAGCUGAAAGCCUUGAAUGUCCUGAUAAAGUCGAAGAACAUGAUUUCGAAACUGCUUCAGAGUCUAUUUAAUUAGUGACUGGCAUUAUGAAUACCACUGACAAACCCAUGUUCAUGGUCCGUUAAAGACACAGUACUGCAAUUAAGAUAUUAUUCUAAUAACUGAAUAAUUCAAACGUUUUAUUCGUUUGUAUUAAGCUUUGUUGCAUUGCCAUUUCAGUAAGUUCUUUGUUGUAAAUCUUUGCGUUAUUAUGUAAUUGUGUAAAUAUGCUUUGUAUUCAUGUGUACACUGCUUUUUUGCUGCACUAGGCAAACGUAUUGGCGUACCGUGUACUUAAAGGUACAUCACUAUUAAAUCUUCGUAUUGCAUCAUUAAACCCAAUCGAUUCUUUUAAGUACUGUCAGGCACGCAUAUUUCAUAACUCAAAUGAUUAAGCUAUCAUCUCAAAUGUAUUGAUUUAUCAAUAUGUGUUGUUUGCGUGUACAUUACGUACAAUUUCUCGGAUCAAAGGUAUGUUUGUACUGAUAACUUCUUCUCUAUUUUAUGGUAGUAAAGCAUGGGAAAAAGACGUUGUUUGUCGGAAUUCGCUAGCUGAUGCGUUCGUCCGGAAGUCGAGUUCUGACCGUCUGCUCCGUAUGGUGAUGUCGACAGUCUAAAUCUUAUUGAAGCCUGUGUAAACGCAUUGUCUCUGUGUAGUUUUCGGCUUUCAUUUCGGAUGUGCACUUAUAGCCUUGUACUCUAAGGUUUAAAUAUGUUUUAAUAAGGUUUAAAUAUAUAGUAAUAAUACAACUCAAAACACGUUUGAAGAGCAAAAAUUAGUAUAAAUACCAACUAGUCUUUUCCCCUAGUUCAGACAUAUUAUAAUAGAAAUACGAACACUAACAUUCGACAAACAGCGCAUUUAGUGAGACUUCCGUUACAAUCUUUGAUAAAAUGUCAUUAUUAUAUUGUAUAUCUAAUUAUGCUUGUUUGUAUGUGUUUUAAUAACGUUUAACAAUUCUGUACGAUUCAGAUUUAAAGACCCGAUGUUUCACACAAAAUACAAAAUUAAUAGAUGGGUUAUAUUA